AGAGGGAGAGAGUGAGGGAGAGAGAGAGAGAGAGAAAGGGGGCGGGGCUAUCCGGACUGAUUCAUGACGUGUUGGAUUAAUCGUGAACUCGACAUGAUCCUGAUCAACAUCAUCACUUUAGUGUUUGUGUUGGAUGUGUGUGUGUGUGACUCGGAGCUGGGCCCGCCCGGCUGGAGGGAACCUCUGGACUGCGUCCGGGCCUCCGAGCUGUGCAACCAGAACAGCCAGUGCAGCUCGCGCUACCGCAUCAUGCGUCAGUGCCUGUCGGGCGGCGACCGGGAGCGCAGCGCCAUGCUGGCGUCCCGGGAGUGCCAGGGGGCGCUGGAGGUGCUGCAGGACUCGCCGCUGUACGACUGCCGCUGCAAGAGAGGCAUGAAGAAGGAGCUGCAGUGUCUGCAGAACUACUGGAGCAUCCACAUGGGCCUGACCGAGGGGGAAGAGUUUUACGAGACGUCUCCGUACGAGCCGAUCCAUUUCUCUGAGGAAUACCGACACGCGUCCAUCAUCUCUGACUCGUCUCUGUCGAAGACGAGCCCCUGCUCCGAGGCGGGGAAACCCUGCAACCCCUGCCUGGACGCGGCGAAGGCGUGCAACCUCAACGAGACGUGCAAACGCCUGCGCUCGGCCUACAACUCCGUCUGCAGCAAGGCCACGCCCCCGCAGGGCUCGCUGGCCAACCAGGAGCCGUGCAGCCGGAAACGGUGUCAGAAGGCGCUGCGUCAGUUCUUCGAGCGCGUCCCGUGGGAGCUCACGUACCCGCUGCUCUUCUGCUCCUGCCCCGACCAGGCGUGUGCCGAGCGCCGCCGCCGCACCAUCGUCCCGUCCUGCUCGCACCAGGAGAGGCACCGGCCCGGCUGCCUGGAGCUGCGGCACGCCUGCCGCUCCGACGCCCUCUGCAGGUCUCGACUGGCCGACUUCCACAUGAACUGUCAGAUGACGCCUCACACGGCGACCAGCUGCCCUCACGACAACUACCACGGCUGCCUGGUGUCCUACGUCGGCCUCAUCGGCUCGGACGUCACUCCGAACUACAGCGACAGCAGUCCGUCCAACAUCUCUCUCAGCCUGUGGUGCGGCUGCAGGGGAACAGGAAGUCAGGAGCAGGAGUGUGACGCUUUCCACCGCGACUUCACACACAACAGUUGCCUCAAAAACGCCAUCCAGUCGUUUGGUUAUGGCUCGGAGGGCGGGAUUCUUCCCGUGACCGAGCCCUCCUCCACCUUCCUGCCCCCCGCCCAGCCCCCUAUCAUCUCCAAACCCGCCCCCUCCCUACACGGCCGCGCCAUCAAACCCCUGGACGCCGCUUGUAUCUUCUCCACCUGCGCAAACCUGCAGGACGGAGGCCAGAAGUGUGUCCCCUCUGACGAGUACGAGUGUGAAGAGGCUCGGUUGGUCCAGGGGUCAAUAGACUCUCUGGACUCUGCGGGACCCAAGAGCCAAUCAGCUCCGCUCCUCCACCUCAUCUCUGUGAAUGAGUGUGUGUCCGUCCUGCUGGCGAUUCUACACUACAUCUCAUAAAUGUGAACUCUCACACACACACACACACCCACACAAACAUAAACCCCACACACACACAUAUAUUAAAACUCUAAAAUGGCAAAGACCCCGUGAACGUCACGUGACUCGUCGACCCCUCGCUUCGCUAAAAUGUCAAAAACCAAGAGACGACCAAACAUCGACAACGGCCUUUCGAGGAGGAGCGGGGAAUAUUCUGGAGGACGUUGAGAUUAGUCGUCUCUGUCCACCACACACACACAGUGAAGAAGAAGAAGAAUGGGAGACGAGACCAGACUGAGGAUUUGGCGAGGGAGGGUGAUGAAUGAGAAAAGGCGGAGACACCCGGGGAGUCUGGAUCUCACUGACUUCACUCCUGUCUGGAGGCUCCGUGGGCUUCAUGUGCAGCUCGGCUCGGACUCACUCCCUCCGGCUUCCUCUGGAUCUGAGACAGCUGGGCUGAAAGGACAGGGACUUUGGCUCAAGCACAAAAACCACACACACACAUUCAGACAACAAGCGACGUGAAAGAGAGAGGACGUGAGUUCUGGGCUGCAGAUGGGACAGAUCCUUCCACAGUGUUUGUCAGCUCAAUGUAUCACUCACCUCGACCUCUCCGCUGACAAGAAAUCUAUACUGCACACACACACACACACACACACACACAGACACACACACACACACACACACAGACACACACACACACACACACAGACACACACACACACACACACACACACACACACACACA